ACCCUGUGUACCAAAGAAAUGGUGAUGGAGAAGCCAAGUCCCCUGCUCGUAGGGCGGGAGUUUGUGAGACAGUACUACACUCUGCUAAAUAAAGCUCCUGACUUCUUGCACAGGUUCUAUGGCAGGAAUUCUUCUUACGUCCAUGGAGGACUGGAUGCCAGUGGGAAACCACAAGAAGCAGUGUAUGGUCAAGCUGAGAUACACAAGAAAGUGAUGUCAUUACAGUUCAGUGAAUGCCACACCAAGAUUCGUCACGUGGAUGCUCAUGCUACUCUGAGCGAUGGGGUGGUUGUGCAAGUAAUGGGAGAGCUGUCGAACAACGGGCAGCCGAUGAGGAAGUUCAUGCAGACUUUUGUGCUUGCUCCAGAAGGUUCUGUUCCGAACAAAUUCUAUGUCCAUAACGAUAUCUUCAGAUAUGAGGAUGAAGUAUUUGGGGAUUCGGAAGGAGAACUUGACGAAGAGUCCGAGGAAGAGGUGGAGGAGGAGCAGGAGGAAAGACAACCAUCACCUGAACCUGCGCAAGAGAAUGCAAGCAGUACUUACUAUGAAAACCAUCCUGUAACUAAUGGGAUAGAGGAGGCACUAGAAGAAUCGUCUCAUGAACCUGAGCCAGAACUGGAAUCUGAAACAAAAACCGAGGAGCUGAAAGCUGAAGUAGAAGAGAAGACCCUUGAGGAGCUAGAAGAGAAGUCUCCAUCUCCACCUCCUGUAGAACCUGUUUCACUACCGCAAGAACCACCAAAGGCUUUCUCUUGGGCUUCAGUGACCAGUAAAAACCUGCCUCCUAGUGGUACUGUUUCUUCCUCUGGAAUUCCACCCCAUGUUAAAGCACCAGUCUCACAGCCAAGAGUUGAAACUAAACCUGAAGCUCAGUCUCAGCCUCCUCGUGUACGUGAACAGCGUCCCAGGGAAAGACCGGGUUUUCCGCCCCGAGGACCUCGGCCAGGGAGAGGGGACAUUGAACAGAAUGAGUCGGAUAAUCGUCGAAUAAUUCGCUACCCGGACAGCCACCAGCUCUUCGUUGGGAACUUGCCGCAUGAUAUCGAUGAGAGUGAACUGAAAGAGUUCUUCAUGAGCUUUGGAAAUGUGGUAGAACUUCGCAUAAAUACUAAAGGAGUGGGAGGAAAACUGCCUAAUUUUGGUUUCGUGGUAUUUGACGAUUCUGAGCCAGUCCAGCGAAUUUUAGUUGCAAAACCCAUUAUGUUCCGGGGUGAGGUGCGCUUGAACGUAGAAGAGAAAAAAACAAGAGCCGCUCGUGAAAGAGAGACCCGAGGUGGAGGCGAUGAUCGUAGGGAUAUUCGUCGCAAUGAUAGAGGCCCCGGGGGUCCCCGUGGAAUAGUGGGUGGUGGCAUGAUGCGAGACCGUGACGGAAGAGGACCCCCUCCGAGAGGUGGCAUGGCACAGAAACUUGGCUCUGGACGAGGAACCGGGCAAAUGGAAGGCCGUUUCACCGGACAGCGUCGCUGACAUCUCCACUGUGGGCAGACAGUCUCGGCAGUGGUACAUUGUCCAUCGUGUUUGCAUUCUUGUUAAUUUUUUUUGGCUUUGGAAUGUGACACAGCCCUUCUGAUCAUUUCUUUGAUGUGAAAGCAUCCUUUGGUUUCCAGUUUAAAUUGAGGUGGACGUUCUUCCCCCAGUUUCACAACAGGAGUCACACUGUUAAUUUAUAAAUGUAGACUUGGAGAAUUGAGGACUGAAAAAAAAAAAAAAAAAAGACCAAAAAAAAAAAAAAAGACCAGUUAACUAUCUGCAACAAAAGCGAACUAAAGGACAUGCCCAGUAGAAUUCAGGUCCUUUCAGUCAAAAA